GGAUCCGAGGGGCCACCCCCUGGAGAAAGCGUGCAGUUGCUGCGCGCAACCGCUGGGCUUGUAACUUGACACCUGGCUGUGCGGUGUGUUUGCCAUCGCUUUACCCACAGAAAGCCUAUUUAAAAAGGAAAGGGAUGAGUCCAACGCUCCUGACUCUGAAACCCACCGUUCUCUCCGGUUGUGCGUCCCCCUCACUCUGGAUCUGGCAUAAAUGAAUGAAACGCGAGGAAAUAUCGACAAACAAUCGCACUGGGGAAACUCUCUGUCAAACCGGCCGACCGGGAGGAAUUUAUGUUGGGCUUGACAGGCAAUUCAACAUGAGUUUUUCCCUGUGGAACUUCUUCUCAGGACUGUCAAAUGCGUAAAACGGCGGCCAGUGUCUUUUGCCACCUUGCAAAGGAGUCACGCUGUGAUUAACGGAUCAGGUUUUUGACUGCCAGGACAAAUGAAUACAAAUGAAUUUAGGCACCCGAAGGAGAGAUUGCAGAACCUCUCAUCUAGACACAAAGCUGAGGCUAUCUGUAGCGUCACCUGCACAGAGAGACAGGCCCGUCUUUGUCGGGGAUGGCGCAGGAGAGCCCUAUUGCUCUGUACAGUUUUAUAUUGUACUUGUUACCUGGGACUUACACAAGUGCACUCUGAAGAUGUGGACAUUCUCCAGAAGUUGGGGCUUAAGGGAGAGAAGCCAUCACGCUCUGUGCCAACAGGGGUCAUUCCGUUCAGAUCGGGGAUCAUCCUCAACCAGCGGGCACACAUCGAGGCUCCACUGCGCUCAGUCUUUCCAGCGGGCAUCUGGCCCAAGUUGGCACUGGUCCUGAGUGUUCGCUCGCAUCGUGUCAACAGUGCUUUCCUCUUCACCCUGCUCUCAGGCCAGAAGCGGCUCCUUCUUGGCCUGCAGCUUGUACCGGACAGUCUUGUCCUCCACACGGGACCAAACACCUCUGUUUCACUGCCCUAUGAACCCCACGAUGGCCAGUGGCACCAGCUGGCCGUGGGAAUUGAUGGCCAGACAGUGACUCUAUAUGCCUCCUGCGGAGAGCAGAGUGUUCAGGCAGACUUUGGGUGGGACAAUGAGGAGGGACUGGCUCCAGAGCUCAAGGGCUCUUUCCUGCUGGGGCGGACAAGCCAGCAGCAUGCGUCAGCGCAUUUUGAAGGAGCCGUUUGCCAGUUCGACCUGGUCCCUUCUGCACAGGCAGCUCACAACUACUGCAGGUACAUUAAGAAACAUUGCAGGGAGGCUGACACGUUUAGGCCUAACCUUUCCCCUUUACUGCCCAUCUUACCAGGAGGAAAAAACAUCUCGGCUACUGCCUCUACCCCUAAGCGCAGUGGCCCAGAAGCCGCCAGAAAGUCCGCUGGCUUGAGCCUUGCCAAGAGCGCUGCUGCCGCUGCAUCAGCUGUCAGAUACGUGGCGCCCCGCCAAACCAUAAAGCCAAAUCCCGGGACCAUCUCCACUCCCUUGCUGGUAACUGUGGCACCAGACACAGUCCAGUUCGGUUUGGUCGCCCCAUCUCCCAAGAGACGGACCGAAACCGUAACGGCACCCCUCAGGACGGCAGCACCACCCACAAAGUCACCAACCUCAAGACCCGCCACUCCUAAAGUUUCAACACGGAAACCCUCCAAACCCACCACCCCAAAGCCCACUCCUCAGAAGGCAAUUGCAGAAAAAGAGAGCAAGAAGAAACCUGCUGUUCCAGCCACUGCCAGCGCCAAACCCCAAAAGACCAAGCCUGACUCGGCCUCAGUAGACCGAGCUGCAUCCCCCAAGGAUCCACAGCCUACCACAGCCAAGAAACCAUCUCCUAAGCCUAAAGUCGCAUCCACCCAAACCACUCUGUCCAAAACUAGAUCAACUACUGUCAGAAAUGCAACUUCUAAGCCAACAUUAUCCGAAGCUACAUCCUCAAAAUCAAUGAUUGCCAAAACUACAUCUAGUAUGACCUCGAAGCCUGUGUCCAAACAUAUUACCAAGCCCACAAAGCAAACCAAAACCGCCAAUGCUCCGGUCACCCCACGACCCACCAAGCCUUUCUACAACACAGUGACACCACCUGCGACUGAUGGUUUCCUGAGCUGGGAAGUGCCACCCACACAGUUCUCGCUGCUGGCAGGACCUAAGGGUCAGAAAGGAGAUGAAGGCUUGCCGUGUGCGGCACUGACUGAGUUAUUUCUCUCCAGGGACUGCCAGGACCUCCAGGGAAGCCAGGCCUACCGGGCAAGAGGGGUCCUCGGGGUGCCCCUGGUCCCCAUGGGAACCCUGGCCGACCUGGUCCACCUGGACUCAAGGGGAACAAAGGAGACCCCGGCAUCUCACCAGGGCCUUCGCCUAAAGGAGAGAAGGGAGACCUGGGGAUUAUUGGCCCUGUUGGAAUGCCUGGACAAGCAGGUCGAAAGGGACAGAAAGGUUACCCUGGACCGCUUGGACUCCCUGGAGAGCCUGGAGAACAAGGUCCAGUUGGAAGCCCAGGUGCCAAAGGUUAUCCUGGCAGGCAGGUGCAGUAAAUCCUCUGCUGUGACUGGGUUUACCAGGGCCUAUAGGACCUGUGGGGCCAAAAGGCAUUCGGAGAUCCCUGGCGUGAGGGUAUGUGCCCUUGGACUACAUCGUGGAAGCCAGCACCAUGCAGGUUUUAUCGGAAUCCCGGGCCUUUUUGGCCUGCCUGGGCCUGAUGGCGAGAGAGGCAUUCCCGGUGAACCAGGGAAGAGGGGCAAGAUGGGUAGGCCGGGGUUUCCAGGGGACUUUGGGGAGAGAGGGCCACCUGGACCAGAUGGAGAACCAGGUAACAUGGGAGCCCCAGGUCCAAGUGGAGUUCUUGGACUUAUUGGUGAUAUGGGACCUGUGGGAGAAAUGGGCCUUCCAGGACCUGCUGGGCUGAAGGGGGUCCCAGGAAAUCCAGGAGAACCAGGACUGAAAGGUGAUAAGGGGGACAUAGGGAUUCCUGGAGAGCAAGGGGAGACUGGGUUCCAAGGAGACAAGUUUUUAUGUGCUAUGCUUGCAUUGGACAGGGCAUCCAGGGGGGUCCAGGGUUACCUGGCAUCCGUGGGAAACCAGGACCACAGGGAAAGUUGGGAGAUAAAGGUCCUGAUGGUGCACCUGGACCACCAGGCCCUGAGGGUUUCCCUGGUGACAUGGGACCACCGGGAGAUAAUGGCCUUGAAGGACCUAAGCUUUGAGCUAAAGGCUAAUGCCAGCAUGCUAAAAAUAUCUUCUGUUGCAGGGAAAACUAGGGGCCAGAGGUUUACCAGGGCCACGAGGGAUGCCCGGCUUGGAGUUGCGCUAAGAUCAAUAUCAUCUGUUUCCAGGGAGAUGAGGGUCCAAUUGGGCCACCAGGACCAACAGGACUUGAGGGCAGAAUGGGGAGAAAAGGAUUUCCUGGGAAGGUUGGGCCAGAGGGAGUUAAGGGUGAGCCCGGUAUCAUGGGAAAAGUUGGACCCAUGGGAGAAAGAGGUUUGGUGGGUUUCAUUGGACCUGUGGGAGAGGCAGGGCUGGCAGGAGAGAAGGGGGACCGAGGGGAGAUGGGCCUUCCUGGACCCCCUGGAGAAAAGGGAUCAACGGGUCAUCCUGGGAUGCCAGGUGAGACUGGACCUACAGGACCACCAGGAAGAACAGGACCUUCUGGUGCAACUGGGCCAGCCGGUACCAGAGGACCUAAAGGCUUGCGGUGACAACAGUCAUGUGUUUCAGGGAGCGAGAGGCCCUGACGGUCCAACAGGAGAGAUGGGGUUAGAGGGCAAGAAGGGACUUGAUGGCCCUCCAGGAAAAAUAGGAUUCCCUGGAUCACAGGGAAAGAUCGGAGAGACAGGAGAAACUGGGCCAAAGGGUUUUCCUGGUAUCCAAGGACCUUCUGGACCUCCAGGGGACAAGGGAAUAGCGGGCGAGCCGGGACCAUCUGGGCCACCUGGAACUGUGGGGCUGUUAGGAGAAAUUGGUCAAAAGGGUCCGCCAGGAAAAGUGGGUGAACCAGGGCUGCCCGGUGAGCCAGGAGAAAAGGGAGCAAUUGGACCUGCUGGGAACAUUGGAGAGCAGGGCCUGAUAGGACAGAGGGGAGGGCCAGGCCUUGAGGGAGAAGCUGGUCCAGCUGGUCCUGAUGGAGUCAAGGGUGAAAAGGGUGACAUGGGCCAGGAGGGUGACAAAGGUGAAAAAGGUGUAACCGGGCUGAAGGGGAAAGAAGGUCUGCCUGGUAGUCCUGGACUCACUGGCGUCAGGGGUUCUGAAGGAAAGCCUGGGAAAAUUGGGGAACGAGGAAAACCUGGACUAAAGGGUGCAAAAGGCCAUCUGGGUCACCUGGGAGAGACUGGACCAGUGGGAAAGACUGGACCGCCGGGUUUUGUUGGGCCAAAAGGGUCCAGAGGAACUAUUGGACAUGUGGUAAAGGGGCUCCUGGUCGAAUGGGUCAACAAGGGGAACCUGGUCUUCAAGGUUAUGAGGGCCAUCGGGGACCACAGGGGCCCAUGGGGCCUCCAGGACCAAAAGGUGAAAAGUUUGGCCCUGGCACCAACCAGAAGUGUGACAUUGUACAGUUCAGAUGGCGAGCAGGGGGAUGACAGGAAGGAAGAGGGUCCCCCCGGUCCUCCAGGUCUCAUAGGACCCCCUGGUGACAGAGGAGAGAGGGGUGAACCAGGAGACCCAGGAUACAAAUCGAAUGUUCUGUUUUACCUUUCAAGGGUCAAAUUGGUGUUGACGGAGAACGAGGAAGACUCGGAGCUCCUGGACAACCAGGCCAGCCUGGACCUCGAGGCCAGCAAGGACCCAAAGGGGCCAAAGGCGAUCAAGGCCAGAAAGGCAAAAAGGGUCUGUCGGGACAAAAAGGAGCCAGAGGACAAGAGGGAGAACAUGGGGAUGAUGGGGAGGCAGGUCUUUCUGGUAAAGCUGGUGCACCGGGUAAAACUGGUGUCCCAGGACUCCCAGGAGGUCAAGGGGCAGUUGGACCAAAGGGUGAGCGAGGUCUUCGAGGACAGAGUGGCCCUCCAGGAAAAAAAGGCUUCAGAGGUGGAAUGGGAGAGCAGGGCAAACAGGGAGACCGAGGGGCCAAAGGGCAACCUGUGCGUAUUAGCCAAAUAUACUCUGUUUGCAAACGAAAAGGGCGAUACAGGGGAGCCAGGUUUUCCAGGAAUUCUGGGACUUUUUGGACCAAGGGGGCCUCCCGGAGACUUUGGGCCAAAGGGCAUACGGGGACCUAAGGGGCCACUGGGGACAAUGGGCAGAGGAGGAGGGGCUGGCUCUGUGGGAAUCAUAGGUCCCCGUGGAAGUGUGGGUCCUCGAGGAGAGAAGGGCAAUCGUGGGGAGAAUGGAUUUCAAGGUCCAAGGGGUUCGCCUGGACCACGUGGCCCCCCCGGACUUCCAGGUCCCCCGGGAGUCCCUCUCUCAUUUAGAGAAGAUGGUCUUUUGUUUGUCGACUCGGCCACCUCUCGUAGGACUGAGAAUAAGCCAGUGAUGGACCUGCCAAUGCUGGACCAGGGCGCAGAGAUCUUUAAGACCCUUCACUACCUCAGUAACCUGAUCCAGAGCCUGAAGAACCCGCUGGGCACCCGGGAAAACCCCGCCCGCAUCUGCAGGGACCUGCACAGCUGUGAACAGAAGUUAAAUGACGGCACCUAUUGGAUUGAUCCCAACCUUGGUUGCUCAUCUGAUACAAUAGAAGUAUCUUGCAACUUUUCUGGAGGUGGACAGACUUGCCUUAAACCAAUAACGGUGACCAAGCCGGCAGUGACUGUUGGUCGUGUCCAGAUGAACUUUCUGCACCUGCUGAGCUCAGAGGCUGUUCAGCACGUCAUCAUCCACUGCCUGAACGUCUCUGUUUGGAGGUCAGCUGAGAAUCAGCCGGUUCCUCAGGCCUCUGUGAAAUUCAAGGCCUGGACUGGGGAGGUGUUCGAGGUGGGAGGAGAGCUUGAGCCUGAUGUAAUGGAGGAUUCUUGCUGGGUGAAAGAUGGGCGAUGGCACCAGACCCAUUUUAUCUUCCAUUCCUUGGACCCCACUUUGCUCCCCGUUAUCGAUGUCUACAACCUUCCUAAAACUAGCCCCAGCUCACAUUAUCACCUAGAAAUCGGUCCCGUUUGCUUUUUGUGAGCGCCACAGUUUUUAGCAGGAAGAGUCGGGAAACAAACCCGCGCAAGACACAUUAACCUGGGCGCGGGAUCAGAGCAGGCUUGAAGUCGUAGCCAAACACGAUCAAAGUGAGAAAUAGCCAGCACCCAAACGGAUCUUGCUUCAGUACCAAACUCCCGUUGGACUGUUUACACAGAGGGAGGAAGCAUGAGGGCGAGGGGCGACAAACAGGAGCUGAAGAGGAGCAGGGGAGUUCUUGCACUAAUGGCUUCUCAGUACAGAAAAAGCUUCAUCAAGCUUCUCAAGAAGGAUCUCCACAUGAGCGCCUUCUUGGGGGAAAAAAAAAAGGCCACACAAUGUCUCCAGAACAUUUAGUCAAGGGAGACCAAGGCUAAGUUCAGCAGCGGACACUCAUAGUAACUUAUUGUUUUUUAACUGUAUACAGUCUGUAUCAGUGUGUACUAUUUUUUUUAAAUACAAGAAAUACAAUUCCGACAAAAGAGAAGAAUUUAAGUAAUUGGAUUAAUGUUAAUGUACAUAUAUAUAUGUAUAUCUAUAUAUGUGCUCUAUUAUUAACUUUUAUACAUGUAUAUCUUAUGUAAAGAAUUAAUCUUAAGUGCAAUAGAAAAUGAGAGGAUAAUUAAAUAUUUGGAUCUUAUAUGGAAGGAUAUUUCAGGGCUGCCUGUUUAUUUGCCUUUGGUGCUCAUCUCCACAUGAUCUUACAUAGGUGAAAUAAUCCAGAGAAACACUUAUUUGCCUAAACUGAGCAGAAAUCACAUCUUUGUUUACAAGUGCUCCUAAAGGGAGAGGUCAGUUUCCUCCUUGAUAGGGGAAAAAAAUAUGGCAACCGGUCAGCUUUUGGUAAAGGUCCACAAACUUUUGGAUGUUAUUACUCAUUUAUUAUUGAAACCGUAUGCCACUGAUGUUUGGGGAGGCCUAGAUGGAGAUAAAAUGUCAGAUUGAGGAAGGAGAAAAGUAUUGAGCUCUAGUUCUCAGCAGCGUUUCACUAAAUCCCCUCUAACUGUGGAUUAUUCUGUUAGUGUCUUGCUCUCUCAUUUAUUAUUCUAAAGAGAGGUAUUAUUUUCGAAUCAGUCACCUACGCUAUCUACAGCAAACAGACUACAGGUACGGGCAAUCUUUAGAGAACUGAGCCAUGGGAGUGAGGAGAGUGGGAACAGGAAUCAAAAUGAAACUUUCAUCAUCUAGCCCUUCCUCCCCCUUUUCCAUGGUGCUAAGUAAAUUACCUGAGGUGCUAUCCAUAGAGCUGUUAUCACACCACUUUGCUUGAAUAUUCUGUUAUGUUUAUAGUGCAUGCUUGCUUUGACUUAUUAAAAGUCCAUAUCAAAUAUUACCAUAGCUUUCUAAUGCACUAUCGUGGUAAUGUCCCAUCAAACAUGAUGUAGUUUCCAAAUUCUCAGUGACCCCUUUGUUUUUUACACAAAACCUUGUUUUUUUUUGUUUAGUACUGCAAUUUAAGGGAAUGCUUAUUCCUCUAGAGAUGAUAAUACAAUCUUAAGACAUAUUUUUUGUCUUUGUAUCCAGUAUAAAUCACAGGGUUUAAAGGAUUUUUAAGAAUAUCAUUUUCCUUUUUUGUUCUGUACAAAGUCCCUUUCGGCUGUUUGUAAUAUUUUAGAAACAAGCGGAGAUACUUUUAAUAAAAUAAAGCAUUUCUUUGAUGUAGCUGGACACAAGUGUGUAUAAUUGUGCAAACCUUGCUGUAUACAGUGGAUCCCCUCUUGCUAAUUUAAUGUUAUUUAAUGUCAAUGUGGUUGCUGACUGAGCAAGUUUCUCUCAGUUGAAUUCAAACUACUCUUUCUGACAACUUUAUAUAUCAGUUAUCCCAACUGGUCUUGGAGUUUAUAGAUUAUUUUAUGUGUAAAUUUGGGGCUCCAGAGAACAAAUUUAUUGCAAUGCUAAUUCUUUUAUUUUUUUAUUUUAAUUAUGUUGUUUUUUUCCUCUAUGAUAAUCAACCAUGUACUGUAACAGGACUGUGCUAUACUAUAACUUGUGUUUUAAGGAAUUAUUCAAAUAUGUGAAAAUUGUUUUUCCUUUUUGUAAAUCUGUUUUCACCUUAAAACAAGCUAAGAAUACCUCACAAUUUUGAACAAAACUUGGAGCAAAGAUUUUCUGUCAGCUUUAUUAUCCACACCUGCUUGGAGAUAUCAGCCAAAUACAGCAAGUCAUCAAACUUUGAAACAGACCAUGUCUGGUACAUUCAUCUUUUAUCUGUCUACUCUUUAUUCAUUGUUCAGUCUAUAUUUGUUCAAUAAAUACUUCUAAUUUGUG